AUGCUCUCGUUACCGUCGUCCGUGUUCACCAUACUGGUGGGAUUAUUUCUGUAUAAAAUAAUUCGCCUGGCGCACAACGUAAGACUCGCCCGCAAGACGAGUCUGCCCUACAUCAUCACGCCUUUGCUUGAAACAGAAGUGGUAGCUCUCCUUCUCAAUCCUCUUCUCCGGUACCUGUACCGCGACUACUUGGACCGCGGCAAAGGCUGGCCGCGCUGGUGUCGCUUCUUCGUCAAGGACUGGGCAUGGGAGGACAAACGACAGGCCCAUGAUGAGCUCGGCGAUGUGUUUCUCUGCGUGUCCCCGGAGGGCAUUAUUUGUUACUCAGCGGAUGCAACGAUGGGCUGGGAUGUGAUGAACCGCCGGAAUACAUUCACGAAGCCGCGGGAUAAGUAUAAGGUUCUGGAGCCCUACGGCAUGAACGUUGCUACCGCCGAGGGCAAGACGUACCAGUUUCAUGUCCGCAUCACGGCACCCCCAUUUGGUGAUCUCUCCGGCGUCAACAACCUAGUCUGGAGGGAGACAGUGCACCAAACAAAGCGCCUGACGGAGGCCUGGGCAGAGUCUCCGCCCACAGAGAUCCAGAAGGAUGUGAACGCCUUGACGCUCGCUAUAAUCUCUUUGGCCGGUUUUGGCAAACGGCUAGAAUGGAGCAAGAACGGGGAAAAAGAGGGCGUCCCUGCUGGCUAUCAGCUGAGCUUCUUGCAUGCACUGCAGGACACCUUGCACUAUAUGGUGCCGAUUCUCCUCUUUCCCCGAUGGGUGCUCCGUGUCAUACUACACAAAGCAGCCCUAGCGCACGCCCAAUUAGACCGAUAUUUGCGCGAGAUCAUCCGCGACCAAAAGGCAAAACUAUCAGCGGACAUUAACCACAGUGACAAACAGUCUCGCGGAAAUCUUCUUACCGCCGUGGUUCGAGCGUCGAUGGUGUUUGACUCGGAACAGUCGUCGAAGGAGUCCUCCAGAUCGUCAGGUGAAAGAAAGCAGGGCUUCACUGAAGAUGAAACUAUGGGAAAUCUCUUUAUCUACCUGCUGGCUGGAUAUGAAACCACCGCCAAUGCCAUUAUAUACGGACUAGCUGUUCUCGCCCUUCAUCAAGACAUCCAGGAUCAAGUAAUCGAGGAGAUUGAUCGUGCACACGCCCGAGCCCAAUCCGCGAAUCGAUCGGAGCUCACCUAUGAGGACGAUUUCGAGUUCCUCGAGUACACUUACGGCUUCAUGUAUGAAACCUUCAGGUUGUUCCCGGGUGUCACUCUCAUUACCAAGAUGAUCCACCAGCCCGAACGCAUCAUCACUGAUGGACCUGACGGAUCCCCAAAGUCCUACGACCUGCCUGCCGGAACCCGAGUCUAUCUCAAUGCUCCGGUGGUUCACUACCACCCGAAAUACUGGCCAGAACCGUACAAGUUAGAUCCCAACCGCUGGCGCAGCUCUCAAGGCGAAAAGCACGUCGUUGCCUCGGAUAGGACCCGGCAAAUGAAAGGCACGCUUCUAACAUUUUCCGACGGCUCACGAGCCUGUCUCGGACGCAAAUUUGCCCAGGCUGAGUACGUUGCCUUUUUCGCGACCUUGCUGCGCCAGUACCGCGUGAGACUGGCCCCCGGAUCGGACCCGGCAGUAGUUGAGAGAGACUUGUUUGGGAAGAGCGCAGGAACGAUCACUCUGGCUCCUCUGGCUAAUGUGCGCCUACAUAUUCAGCCUCGCUAG